AGCAGUUUGUUCGGCGGUUUGUCGCGACCAUGCCCGAGCCGGCCAAGUCCGCGCCCGCCCCGAAGAAGGGCUCCAAGAAGGCGGUGACCAAGGCGCAGAAGAAGGACGGCAAGAAGCGCAAGCGCAGCCGCAAGGAGAGCUACUCGGUCUACGUGUACAAGGUGCUGAAGCAGGUGCACCCCGACACCGGCAUCUCGUCCAAGGCCAUGGGCAUCAUGAACUCCUUCGUCAACGACAUCUUCGAGCGCAUCGCGGGCGAGGCGUCGCGCCUGGCGCAUUACAACAAGCGCUCGACCAUCACGUCGCGGGAGAUCCAGACGGCCGUGCGCCUGCUGCUGCCGGGCGAGCUGGCCAAGCACGCCGUGUCCGAGGGCACCAAGGCCGUCACCAAGUACACCAGCGCCAAGUAAGUGCCUCUGCAGGCACCUCUUUAUCCAAAGGCUCUUUUCAGAGCCACCCAGUUGUCAACAUAAGAGCUGUAGAUACGUAUUUUAAAUGGGAUCCACUCUAAAACAAGAUGGAGGGAGGCGCGCUCUCCCUCCGGGGAUCCUGCCCGCGCCUUUCCCUU